AUUUUAAUCGUAUAUUCGUAUUAUAAUCGUGCUACUGAGUACUGUAUACUUUUAUCCGUGCUACUGAGUACUGACUAUAGUUUAAAUAAGUACUAUAUUAAUUAUUAUAGUGUUCUUCUUCUGAAAUCUGAUUUCAGAUGUAUUAAUAAUAUUCAAAAAGUAUAAAAACCAUAAUUAUAUAAAAUGUAAACAUUUAAAAUCACUGUCAAGCCUGGUAAUUUGUAAAUUGUUUAUUACAUUAUUUCAGUUUUUUUUUUUAAAAUGAGUUGCCUUCUUAGUAAACUGUGCAGUAUAAAAUCAACUGUUCAGCUCCGGAAAUUAUCUGUACCUGCAAAUACUCUCCUUGCAAGAAGAGCAUUUAAUCAGCCAAAUCGUAAUUUAAAGAGAUUUCAAAGUCAAUCCAAUUCUCUUUUAGGACCUUCCUUAUUUUGUAUAUCUGUCUGCACCGGUUCUGUAAUUUUGGCAUCAGUUAUUCAAUAUGAGCGACUUCGUGUUAAUGUUAAACAAAUCAAUGCUUAUGAAUUUUACAGAAAUUCUAUCUACAGGAAAAACGAGAAUAUCAUUUCCAAGUUAAGAAAUAAUUUUAAUAAAUUAGAACCAUCAGAGAAAGUAUUUGGUACCAUAUUUCUAUUAAAUGCCAUUGUUUUUCUUGCAUGGCAAGUACCUAAAUGGCAACAUAUCAUGAUCAAAUAUUUUAUGACUGAUGCACUUGCUAGAAAAAUUCCAGUGUCAUCACUUCUUCUGAGUGCGUUCAGUCACAGUUCUCCACUACACUUCAGUUUCAAUAUGUACGCUCUUCUUACAUUUUGCAAAGGUGUGAUCCAACCAUGGGGUGAAAUGGGACCGGAAGAAUUCACUGCAAUGUAUAUAAGUGGUUGUGUUGUUUCAUCAUUAGCUAGUAUUAUUUUUAGACGAAGCUUUAAGUUUCAAGGAAAUAGCUUAGGCGCUUCUGGUGCUAUAUUAUCGGUUGUUGGAUACUUUUCAUUAUCAAAUCCUGACCAAAAGUUGGGUAUAAUAUUUUUACCAAAUAUACAAUUUGAUGCAAUUCAUGGCUUAUUUGGUAUAAUAUCGUUAGACAUAAUGGGAUUGCUUAUGAAGUGGCAAAUGUUCGACCAUGCAGCUCACUUAGGAGGAACGUUAUUUGGAAUAUUUUGGUACAAAUACAUGUCAACAUAUGUAUGGGGAAAUCGAAGAUAUAUUGUAAAUAAUUGGAUAAAAUUAAAAAAAAUUAUUCAAGAUUAAUGAAACACUAAUUUUGUAUUUAUAAAAAAAGUGUCUAGUGAUUUUUCUAUUCAAUUGUGUUGUUCAUAUUAUUGUUUAACUAAUAAGUUAUUGAAUGUCAUACAUUUUGUCAAUACAAAGUUUGUUAAAAAAAUGUAUGAGAUUAAGUUUUGUGAUAAUAGAAUAAUAACGUUAAAUAAUAAAUAACAAUUUAGCAG